GAGCUCAAAGUUAAGCUUCAGGAAAUUCAUUCAAUAGUUGCAUUUAAUUUUAUCGCGGAUAAAGAUGGGUCUUUUCAACCUUUUGUUGUGUUUUAUUUUGUUUGGUUACACUUUUGGUAAUGAAAAUUUGGUAAAAUCGAAAAUGGAAGAAUAUGGAGUGGUUCCUGAUGUGGUCAAUGAAGCGCCCAAAGAAUUACUAGAGGUCAUUUACAGCAAAGACGUAAUGGCAGAUCUAGGAAAUGAAUUAACUCCAAAACAAGUUAAAUACAUUCCAGAAUUGGAUUGGAAUGCUGAUGAAAAUUCUCUUUAUACAAUUCUUUUGACUGAUCCAGAUGCACCGGGUAAAUUUAGUGAAUUCCGUCAUUGGUUGAUUGUGAACAUUCCUGGCAAGGACAUUUCUAAAGGAAAAAUCAUCUACGAUUAUGUUGGUGCUGGACCACCAAAGGGAACUGGCUUACAUCGUUAUAUUUUCCUUGUUUUCAAGCAACCAAAUAUUAUUGAAAAUGAUACUUUUGUUCCAAAUAGUUCAAGAGAAGGUCGUCCUGGAACAAAAGCACGUGAUCUAAUUAAGGAUUACAAUCUUGGAAUACCUAUAGCUGGAAACUUUUUCAGAGCUCAAUUUGAUGACUAUGUUCCAAUUCUACAUGCUCAACUAGGUGGACCACCAUCGACAACAACCGAAGCCAAUUAAUAGAAUUUAUCUAAAUAUUUUUUCCAGGCUAUGAUUCAAAAUCAAAUAAAUUCAAAAUUUGUAUUUUUUAUAUAAUAACUUUAGUUGUAACUGCAGUUUAUUUUUGAAGAAAACAAU